CGCGAGAGGGAGAGGACGUCUUUUCUCGCCGUCCGGAAGCCAUGGAGGCCCCUGUAGAAACAGACACAGAGGACGGAAGUGAUGAGUCCGUAACAUCUCUGCCAGAUGACAGUGACGAUGAGGUCGACAUCAACAUUCACUUCCACUGCGAGCACUGCAUCCGCAUGUACAGGUGUCACGAGCGGCCCAAACCUGGCUGGAGUUGCGAGGUGGAGCUUUGUCCGAACAGAUGCGGCCAAAAAUUCCACAUUUGCAAACUUGAGGAACAUCGCUUGAUGUGCACCCAUGAACGCGUGCCUUGUAUAAAUGCUGGCUAUGGAUGCCCCCUCUGGAUGCAGCGAAGGCUAAUAGCUGAACACCUGCCUGUGUGUCCAGCCUCAGUGGUUAUCUGCAAUGCAGAGUGGAACCGCUGGGCCCUGGGAGCCAAGGAGAGGGAGAAGGUGUCAAUGUCAAAAGGAUUGAUAGCUCUGUACAACACUAAUGACCUGGACAUGUCUCUAGCCCUGCGUGAUCAGGAGCUGGUGAAUGAGAUGCUGACAAUGCCAAAGAGACUACGCAACACCUUGUGCAACAGAAUCACCCGACGCUUCCCAGCUCUGCCCCUGACAGUAAGAGGAUCGAGGCACGAGACUAUCGAUGAACGGUCUGGGCCUAACAAGCUCUCGAGACAGUCAACGGACGAGGAGGAAGAUGGCCUCACACCAGGUCUUUCUGUGUCUGUGUGCACUGAGCUUUUGCGCGGGAAGAAGCAGGUUUUAUCUUUGGCUAGCGAGGCUCGGGGGUCCACCACAUCCUCCUCCUCCACUACCACCUCCACCACCACCACCUCCACCUCCUCCACUACCACCACCACCACACCCGAACACCCUGAUCUCGAAGCCGCUGCCGCUGCUGUCGAAGGCGAGAGCGCCGAGAGCAGUGACGCUCACUAUGCUAAAAGGCAGCAACUGCAGAACACGGACGACAUAUCGGCCUUCUGCUGCAGCCACGGCAUCCUGAAGAAUCUUUGCUACCUCUGUAAGGGGGACCCUGACCAGCCCACCUACAAGAUGGGCAAAGUGUGGAGGGAGAGAGUCUCCUGUAAGAAGCCGGGAGAGAUGGUGUGGAAGCAGGAACCAUGUGUUGAAAAGGUUAGGAAAAGAAAUCCACGUGGGCAGUUUGUGUACAUGAAGUACGAUGAGGCGGAGGCAGAGGAGGAGGAGGAGGAGGAGGGGUCCCUGGACAAAAUGAUCAUUGACGAUCAGGGCCGACCGGUGGGCAGAGCCAGGUUCAAGACGCCCCCCCCUGUCCCCCUGACGUCCAAGGCCCUCACCAUGGAGCUGCCGCUUAAGCACUACUCAAGACACCAGAGUAAACCGAGGGCUAUGUUCACCUUCCAGUGCAUGCAGGAAAUCCGUCGGUGCGAGUACGGCAGCCACUACCAGAACUGCCACAGUGAGAUUCAGGAGGGACUGGAUGGCUGGAUCCUGCAUAGGUGUCCACUGCACGUCCUAGGGUGUCCUUACGUCUAUAACCGCCUUCACCCAGGCCGAAAGGAUGGAGAUGUCAUCUACUGCCGUGACCUCCGUGCAUUUGGAAUCCGGCCUGUGCUGGAGUACGAACCAGCUCCCUGUGGAGGUCUCCCAAGAUCACGGUCGCCGAGCGUGGAGAAGACGACCUCCGCUUUCGGCCAGUUGAGCCUCCUGCACUCCCACAAGGCCAUGAAGGCUAUCCCGGAGCACCACCGGACGAAGAACUGCGAGAAGCAGUACUACGCAUCGAGCACAAACCUUACCUACUUACCCAUUGAGGUUCUUCAGCUUAUUGCCAGUUAUUUGGAUGGAUUCAGCCUCAACAACCUUUCACUUACCUGUCGAUUAAUGCGCGACGUGUGUCUCUCUCUCAUUAACGACCGAGGCCUUGUUAUUCUGGAAUGGGUGCGCUACAUUGAGGACGACAAAGUACGAUGGAAAGAGGGGAGGAAGCGUCGCUUCUUCAGCAAAUCUUUUGAACAUGUUACUCACUGGGGCUUCAAAAAUGUUCCUCACAUGGCAGACCACUUACAGAAUUGCCCAUUUAACAAGAGAUACAUCACCAAGAACACAUUUGCAUAUAUCCUGCCAAGUGAAGGUGGAAAGUUGUUAAGGAAAACAUUAAGAAAUGUUACAUUUUGACCGCAGUGAUAUAGACAGCAAUUCCAUAGGCAAGACUGGAUGAAAAAGGGAACUACAUUGUGGAUUUUGUACUCCAGGUGAAAAAUUUAUAUUAAUUUAUACACACACACACACACACACACACACACACACACACACACACACACACACACACACACACACACACACACACACACACACACACACACACACACACACACACACACAUAUUUACAUAUAUUUACAUGUGUAUGUAUAUGUAUAUGUGUAUGUAUAUAUGUGUGUGUAUAACAGCUUUUUGUGUUUAAUGGAAUUUUGUUAAAAAGUUUGCCACACAUGUACACUUACGUAUACACAAAUACUAAGAAAAAUUCAUGUAUGUAAAUCAUUGCAGAGGAAUUCCUUAAAUCUGAUAGUAUUCAUAGUUUUCCAAGUAAUCUUCCCUGUACAUUGUUCACAGUCCAUGCCAUGCUAUAAGUUAUUUUUUCCCCCGUGCUUUCACACAAGAACAAUCCAUUGGAAAACAUGCUCUCUUAUCCCGUAAGAUGUCGCGGAAGAUACCAAAGAUUGUCAUCAUCAGUGCCGAAAAAUGUUGCCAGGCACGAGGAACUUCUUCUCUGUGCAAUUUAUGUGAUUAUCGGUUCACAUUUGUUCAUCGUCGAGAUUCGCAGCCGGGCCGAUUCUCUAGUUUAAUCUUUUUGUGGUGGAAAUAACUUUGUGAAAAUGGCUACUUUUUAUUGUUAUUGUUGCAAAUAGAUUCAUAACAACUUUUAAAUCAUGUUGCAUAUUUUCAAUAUGAUGAUACAUUACUGUUAAAUGCUGUAAAUUGUUAACUGAUGUAUUUGAAUGAUUUGUUAACAGUGAAUUAUGAAACAUCACACACAAAGCAGAACGCAGACAGACAAAGAAAGAGUGGUUGAUAUUUUUUUGUGUUGGAAUCGUAUGCUAGAUCUGAAAAAGUAUACUGUUUUUGGGUAGUUGGCUUUUUUAUAGAGUUAAAGAGAAAGUUGUAAUUAGAUUUUUGAGAGGAUGAGUGCAUAAUGAAAAUUAACUUUGUUAGUAUUUAUGAAUUGUGUGUUCAUGACAUUAGGUAAAAGUGUUUUCAUAAUGAUUUUCAAUUACAUAGGAUAAUAGAAAGAGAAGUGUAUUACAGAGAAUAAUUAAUUGUAAGAAAUAAUGUGUAUAAUGUUAUCAUGUAGAUUUUUUUUUCUUCUUUUUCAUAUGAGAUUGAAGGUACAGCAUAGCAAGAACUAACAAUGGUAAUUCAGAAGAUUAGUUAUUUAUGACAUUCUCAUUUUACAAUCGCUCCUUGCCAUAGGUGCAUAAUUACCUAGCAUACGCUUAGUUUAGAGGCAAAAGGCCAUCUGAAGUAGAUAGAAUAAACUCACCCUCGGUUUUAUAACUCUCAUGGGUAGAUACAUUCAUAUUUCUCAUUUAGAAGCUGUUCCUACGUCCAGGCGGAAGCUUUCAGGUGUGUUUGCUUGCAGGUGAAAUCUUCAGUGUUAUGUGUGGUGAAAGCUUGAUGGAUGAAGUGUGUUACUUAGGUAGUCCAACACCUUCACAACAUGAAUGGGAACUUAACCUUGCCUCUCACCACUUCAUCGUCUGAUAACAGCUAGUGAGACUGUGGGCUUUCAUAUCGGUAGUACAGCAUGCGUUUCCCUCUCUUGAGGUUUUAUCAUCAUUGAGAGACUGUUGUUUUGAUAAAGAGAGUUAGAUACUGAGCUUAUGAUAGUCUUUUAGAAUGUAAUGAUGAGAGUUGUUGGGAGGAUUAUGUGAUCGUGUCUUUACUCUAUAUGUCUUUCAUGUUGUGCUUCUCCUCAUACCAUAUCACAGCUGAUUAUCUUGUCAGAUUUUAAACAGAUUGAUAUGCUUUUUG